GAUAUUCUAGUACUUGGUAAUUCUGCAUCCACUUCCUUGUCAGGCAGUCGAGCUACAAAUGACCUGGCUGCUUUGGGUAUCCGUGAUGAUAGAAAUAUGGGUCAUUUCUGUUUUGUGCUUUUUUUUUUUAAUCAGAUCCGAGUGGAUGAAGUUAACAAACUGGUAUAUUUUGAAGGUACAAAGGAUUCUCCCUUGGAACACCACUUGUACGUCGUUAGCUACGAGAACCCUGGAGAAAUUCAGCGGCUCACCGAAAGUGGCUUCUCCCAUGCUUGCUAUGUUAGUCAGGACUGCGACAUGGUUAUAUGUAAAUUCAGUAACCAGAAAUGCCCCCACCAAGUCUCCCUCUACAAGCUGACUGGACUGGAAGACGGGAUUGCUCGAAGGGCCAAGGAAUUCUGGGCCACCAUUUUGCAUUCGUCAGGUAGGCGAUUUUCUCUCAGAGGCCGGACAUGUUUCCAGUCUAGGGUGCUGUGAGGCUUGCGAUGCUCAGUGGCAUUUUGGUUU